CCAUAACACCAUAAAUUCAAAUGUAGAAGAUUCUAAAUCUUAACCCAAGAUAUUUUUUUAAAGAUAACCUGAUUUAGAAGUUCUUAACAUAGAUAAAUAUUGAAAUAAUACAUGGUUCUAAACUUGAACUGAUGUAAAUUCUACCCUUACUUGAUUAUGAAAUUACAUUGGGGUUCAGCUACUACUGCAUAACACUAUGAGUGAAGUGGAAAUUCUGCAGUUGGAGUCGACGACUUCCAAACCGAAAUUUCAUCUUUCACAUUUGGGAAAAGUUCUGGUGGGGCUCACAGGAGGCGUGGCCAUAGGUUUAACUGUAAUAUGUGCUCCCUUUGUAAGUCCAGCACUAAGAAAAUUCUGUUUGCCAUACAUACCAGCUACAAAUGACCAAUUAGUAAAUAUUUUAAGCGCCUUAAGAGGCAAAUCAGGCACGUUGCUUGACUUGGGCUCUGGUGAUGGGCGAAUUGUUAUUGGUAAGACACCGAAAGCUUUUCUAGAAACAGCUAAGCACAACUUUGUCUCGCACGGUGUUGAACUUAAUCCCUGGCUUGUUAUGUACUCUAAGAUUCAUGCGUUAAAAAGUGGUUUGAGCAACAAAACCAAAUUUUUCCAAAAGGAUCUUUGGAAAUAUAAUAUUGCCAGUUAUGAUAAUAUAGUAAUAUUUGGGGUAGAACAAAUGAUGAAUGAAUUGGAAAAGAAGUUUCUUAGAGAGUGCAAACCUGAAUGUAACGUAUUAGCAUGUAGAUUUCCUCUACCAAAUAUGACCCCCAUAAAAACCAUAGGACAUGGAAUAGACACAGUAUGGGUAUACAAAGUAAAAUAACCCUAACAUGAUCGAUUGAUUCAAUUUCAUCAUGCAAUUUUCAUCUGGUAUGUUAUAUAGAUUCUAAAUCAGGCAAAAAUUGCAGAGAAUAGCUGCAGUUCCAUACCUGAUGGUUGUAUAUUUGAUUGUAAUUAAUCCUAAUAAUAACUUUUCCGUAACAGA